CUCAGGGGGCGUUACUGUUAUUUAAGUUAUUGAUUCGCUUUUCCAUUGUUUUAGUCGGACAACCAACCUAGUAUGCAGCGAAGCUGUGGAAGAUAUGGAAGAUAUGGCGCUGUGGGAGCUGUGGGAGCUAUGGGAGCUGUGGAAACAACGGAAGUGAACAUGGAGCCUGUGUCUUCCAGCGUGCAGCAGGAGAAAUCACAUUCCUCCUCCUCCUCCUCCUCUCUAUCGGACACCACCAACUCAGGGGAUUCGGAUCCUGAUUAUGCCUUUGCGCCCAUAUCGUCGUCUCCAUCUUCUUUGACUGAAGACGAGGAGGAACCAGUAGAGCCUGAGUCCGGGUGGACUGGGAAAAAUGGUGAAGUGUGGUUUCCCACCAACACGGAGACGACCCACUUCACUCUGCCUACUAGAGGCGUGACUCCGGGUCCGACGUGUUACGCCAUUGUGAGGGUCAGCAACAUCGAGUCCACCUUUGAUUUGUUUUUCACUGAGGAUAUGAUUGAGCUGCUCGUCGACAUGACCAACCUGCAAGGGCGCCGCGCAUUGAAGAGCUGGACCGACGUGGACGCCGUAGAUCUGCGCGCCUACAUCGGGCUCCUGAUCCUGGCCGGAGUCUACAGAUCCAAAGGUGAGUCCACGCGCUGCCUGUGGGACGAUCGCAGCGGCCGUGCGGUUUUCAGAGCCACCAUGUCCCUGCAGAGAUUCCACGAGAUCAGCAGAGCUCUGUGCUUUGAUAACAAGCGGAAGAAGCCAGAACGGCAGAAGAAGGACAAGCUGGCCCCCAUCAGAGACCUGUGGGACAUGUGGACGCAUCGCCUCCCCCUCCUCUUCAACCCAGGUAAUGAUAUCACAGUUGAUGAGCAGCUGGUGGCAUUCAAAGGGCGGUGCAGAUUCCGGCAGUACAUGCCAAAGAAACCCGCCAAGUACGGUAUGAAAAUCUGGGUAGCUGCUGAUGCCGAAACAUCCUACGCCUGGAGGUGUGAGAUCUACCUGGGGAAAACUGAUGGUGUUCCAGAGGUGGGGCAGGGCCAGCGCGUCGUCACGGAGAUGACAAGAGGACUCCAGGGCAUCACUGUCACCUGUGACAACUUUUUUACCUCCUACGCACUCGGUCAGGAGCUCCUGCGGAGAAAGAUCGCCUUGAUCGGGACCAUCAGGAAGAAUAAACCGGAGCUGCCACCCAACCUGCUGCAGAUCAGAGGUCGAGCUGCGCUCUCCUCUCUCUUUGCCUUCACGAAGAACACCACGGCCGUGAGCUACGUCCCAAAGCGGGGGAAGAAUGUGAUCCUCAUCAGCACGAGGCACCGGGAGGCAACGGUGACAGAGGGACCGAAGAAGAAGCCAGAGAUCAUCAUGGAAUACAACCGCUGCAAGGGAGGCGUCGACACUCUAGACAAGGUUGUGGGCACCUACAGCUGCAAGAGGAAGACCAACCGGUGGCCACAGGCGUUGUUUUUCAACAUGCUGGACGUCUCAGGGUACAAUGCAUAUGUCAUCUUCACGGCCGUGGACCCCGCCUGGAACAAGGGGAAGACGUUCCGGAGGAGGCUUUUCCUAGAAGAGCUCGGAAACUCUCUGGUCUCUGCAGCCAUGCAGAGGAGAGCGCGCCUGCCUCGUGCGCCAGUCGCUGCCGCACUGGUGAAAAAGGUCCAGGCGUCUGCAGCUGCUCCUCCAGACACGGAGACACAGGCAGCAGCAGACUCCAGCAGCUCAGGGGGGAAGAGGGGAACAUGCGCGUUGUGCACAGGACAUAAGAAAAGAACAAUCGGCUGCUGCAUCUCUUGUGGAGGACACACAUGCAAAGUGCACCAGGUGAUAUGCUGCAAGUCCUGCUGGAAAGUCUGACACAUGUACAACACUAGGUUUCUCUUUCUGCGUCUUUUUUUGACUGAGUUCAUAGUAAAAUAAACUGUUCUGACUAAA